AUCCCAUGCCUACCAAUCAUCAUACCCUCCUCUCAUCUCCUCCCAAGCCCCCACCAUGGCGAUGGCCGCCACAGCCACAGCCGCAGCGGGUGCCGUGGCAGCAUUCACCUCAGGCCGCCGCAUCUCGACCUCGCCUCCGUCGUCACUCUCAUCGCCAUUCCUCCCGCGCGCGGCCGGCGCGAUCGUGGCGAGGAGACGUGCCACCGCGCCGACAGCCGCCGUGUUGGUGCGCGCCCAGGCCGCAGGGGCCAAGAAGAGCGUGCUGAUUGUCAACACCAACAGCGGCGGGCAUGCGGUCAUCGGGUUCUACUUCGCCAAGGCGCUCCUCGCCGCCGGGCACUCCGUCACCGUGCUCACCGUCGGCGAGGAGGGCUCCGACAAGAUGAAGAAGCCACCCUUCUCCCGCUUCUCGGAACUGACGAGCGCCGGGGCGAGCACGGUGUGGGGCGAUCCGGCGGACGUCGGCGCGGCGGUCGGCGGAGCGUCGUUCGAUGUCGUGCUCGACAACAACGGCAAGGACCUCGACGCCGUCAAGCCGGUGGCGGACUGGGCCAAGUCGGCCGGCGUGGGGCAGUUCCUGUUCAUCAGCAGCGCCGGGAUCUACACUCUCACCGACCAGCCGCCACACGUCGAGGGGGACGCCGUGAAGGAGAGUGCCGGGCACGUCGGCGUGGAGAAGUACAUCGCGGCAGAAUUCGGCAGCUGGGCCUCGUUCCGGCCGCAGUACAUGAUCGGCUCCGGCAACAACAAGGACUGCGAGGAGUGGUUCUUCGACAGAAUCGUGCGGAAGCGGCCGGUGCCGAUCCCGGGGUCGGGGAUGCAGCUGACCAACAUUUCCCACGCGAGGGACCUGGGCAGCAUGCUCACGCUUGCCGUCGAGAACCCCGACGCGGCGGCAGGGAAGAUCUUCAACUGCGUCAGCGACCGCGCCGUGACGCUCGACGGCCUGGCCAAGAUGUGCGCGGCGGCCGCCGGCACCACGGCCGAGAUCGUCCACUACGACCCGGCCGCCGCCGGCGUCGACGCCAAGAAGGCCUUCCCCUUCCGCAACAUGCAUUUCUACGCGGAGCCUCGGGCGGCCAAGGAGGUGCUCGGGUGGACGAGCUCCACGAACCUGCCGGAGGACCUGAAAGAGCGCUUCGCCGAGUACGCAAGCAGCGGCCGGGGAGAGAAGGCCAUGACCUUUGAUCUCGACGACAAGAUCCUCAGUGCCGUCGGCGCCGCGCCAGUCAGCGUCGCCGCCUAGGGUCCUUAAUUGUUUCUUUGAUUGACGUGCAGCAGGAAUACCCGUGCCUUGCUACGGGUAACCAAUUGCACGAUACACAUAUUUUAUCAAAAUAUAUAAAUAGAUAUUAAAGUUGUUGAUUCCAAAUAAUUAAUUGUUUAUUUGAAAUAUAUUUGGCCCUAGUUGUAGUGUAAGAUAAUGUGUUACACCAUCACGGGUUUACAGUUUACCUAAAUGAUAAGAAUAGUCUGCACCA